AUGCUUGAAUUUGUCAAAGAAGGCAGUGUGAUACAUUCUGAGCCGCUACAGAGUAUUGACUCAUUGACGCUGGAGAGUUAUGAGGAGUUAGCACGUGAGAGCAAGAACAUGCUGCUGUGUAUUUUAAUGUGUGGAGUCAGAAAGCAUGUUUACUUAGCAAGAAGUAUUGUAACAAUGAGGUAUUUUGUAGCGAAUGGGAUCCGUGUGUAUAAGCUACGGGACCCACUUACCAGAGUUGAGGUUGAUGAGAUUUUGUAUUUUGAGGUUGAUGAGAAUCCACUGUAUCUAAGACGUGAUAAUGCAUCGAUUUUGAAUACAAUAUGGAAUGGUGAUGUGCAUAAUGAGACGAUUGAUGAAAAUUGCAGUGUGCUUGACUCGAGCAUUGAAUCUGUGACAGUUAAGGCAGUGUAUAUUGGAAAUGAAGUUGAUUUAUUGUGUAACAAGGAGAUGCAGAAGAAAGUCCUGGGGAUUUCUGUGAAGAAUUAUGUUCAAAGAAGUGUGUUGUAUAAGAUUGCGAAGACCUGCAUGAUUUUUUCGUUGAUGUUUGUUUUACUGAUGUGUUUUUUUUAUGCAAUGAUGAUGAUUAUUGUAAGGUUUGGAGGGAUGAAGAAAUAA